UAUCAACAAUUCUAUAUCCAAUCAGAGGUUUACCAACUAAUACAAGAUAAUAUUUCAUAUGCUUGUGUAUAAUUGGCCUGUCCUUCGCAUUGUCUCCAUCAUUGGCUUCGCAUGAUCCAUAACAGCAAAAAAUAUCUCAUUGACCCGUCACUCUUUUCCUCAGCUUUGCACCACACAAAUUUUAUUCCCUAUUCACUUCUUUCUCUGUCUGUGUUCCUGUCUGUGUCCAUGUUCACAUGAGCCUAUGCGUGUGUAUUCCAUCCGCAGUGUGCAAGGUUGGGAUCAGUCGUACUAUGAAACUACUGUUAUUAUUUUUUCUGUUAAUCCCUCUCUUGAUCAUUACUACUCCUGCUGAACUGUUGCCGGUCCAGGCAUCAGCAGCAGGGGAAUUCCAGCCUGUGGAGCCGACUGAGUACCGGUUAAUCGCGGCAACAGUGCGAGGACGAAGGCUGGCACCCUUCCAGCUGUGCUUGUUGUGCAAGUGCUGUGCUGCUGCUGCUGCCACUACCUGUGCCACCAUGCCUUGCUGCUUUGGCAUCGAUUGCCAGCUUCCUAAUAAGCCUUAUGGGAAAAAUGGAGCUCAAGAAUUGAGAAAAGAAAACAAAGCCAGGGAUGACUAUGAUUUUGGUUCUUGAUGUACCAAGAAAGGAUCAGAGGAGUUCUUUUUGGUGAUGCAUAGAUUGGAAGAUCUUUCAUUUCUCUUCUGGGAAUGAUUAGAGAAUUGUUUGUCUUAAAAUAUGCAAAAUUUAAGAUAUGUUCUUGUUCUA